UUCACGCAUUUGAAUUUACCAGUGUGCACCGUUCUUCAGUGUGCGGCAGAAUGGGGAAAGACCUCGCCAUGAUUCAUACAUCUUACAAAACGUGGUUGUGCAAUGCUGCGCUGUUUGCUUUGAUCUGUGCUGCAUUUGGGGCAGGAGUACUUUUGGGUCCUAUUGUUACCGCUCGUGGAAAGAACGAAUUGACGAGGAACUUACAUUGCAGCCCGGACGGAGAUAAAGCAUCGCAGUUCGCAAGCAAUCCUCAAAGACGUUUGAAAUCUGAAUGCAUUUCUCGAGGGCAACUAAAAGACUUUAUGAAGCAAUGGAGUCGUACCUUAGGUGAUUUGAUCAAGGAGAAAAUGCUGAACGCCACCAAGAAGAAACUAAAUCAUGCAAUCAGGAAAUUCUCUAAAAAUAAGGAUGUCCAAACGCAGAGAACAAUGGAAGCGUUGAUAAACAACAUGCUAGCCAACUGGACUUCUCAACUGUUACAGCAAAACAACGUGCUUAUGCCUUCGGAGAAGCCAGUGACAGCUCGCUCGCCAGAAACCAAAGGGUCCACAGAGAGGAAGACUGUUAAAUCGACUACUAAACCAGACCUAGAAGUGAUCGAAGUGGACUUUGUUGAGCCCACGUCACAAGAUACGUCCGUCAGUAUACCCGUCCCCAUUGCCCUCUACCCCCUCAAUGGCAAAUACAAAACUUGGGACGUCAGCGGACGGAGCAAUCCCAACGGUAAUGCGCACGGGGUUCGACUCGCCCCAGGACCAGACGGAAAUCCUCAAGGCUCGUACCAGUUUUCUGGGAAGAGUAGCAGCUUCAUUGCAUUUCCAAACAAAGGUGCACUGACUGCGAAGUAUUCCAUAACUCUUCUUGCCUGGGUUAAUGUCGAGUCUAAAGGUGGACCUAUAUUUAACUACAAUCCGAAGGGGUGGGGUGUUAGUUUGUGGGUCAACUCAAAACUUUUCCUCGCCGCUAAAUUUAUUGAGGACGAUAGCGGUUGCAGGACGUGUUUGGUUAGCGCGCUGCCGUUAAAAGAAAACGUGUGGAGUUAUGUGGGGAUGUCUUACGACCGUACCAGUGGCAUUGCCAAGCUCUUGGUGAAUGGACGUGUGAGUAGUAAGAGAAAUAUUGGAACAACGAUUGGUGAUCUGUCAACAUCAUGGAAUGUGAGGAUGGGCGCUCGCGCUACGAAGGACGGGAACUAUUUUAAAGGUCGGAUAUCCCGGAUGCAAGUCUACGACAGGGCACUGACUCAACGUGAAGUCGAGGUUGUUUCAAGUACUCUCACAGCUGGUAUCUGCCCACAAGGAUGGACGGGAUUUCACUCAUCGUGUUAUUUAUUGUUCAACCGGUUGACAAACCAGUGGAAUCACGCUAGACAGGUUUGUCGGGAGCACGGAGGAGACCUGGUCAAGAUCGAAUCUCCGGAAGAAAACCAUUUCGUUUACACACUGGCAUAUUCCAAAGCUGCCGAUAAAAAGUACAUGUGGAUAGGCUUGCUGCGCGGCUCGUCGAGCGAGCAGUUUGCCUGGGUACACACAUCUCCUCCAAUCCUGUAUUCCAAUUGGGCAAUCGAGGAACCGAACAACCUUCAUGGACGAGGCGAAAACUGCGGCCAUAUUUACAUCUGGAAGGGCGAUAAGGCCAUGCAGUGGAAUGACGAACUCUGUGUCAACCCGACAAUUGGUCCAAUGAUUUUCAUGUGCGAGAUGAAACCAUUGGAUCUCGAGCUCAAACCGAUUAACUCUGGAAAUUCAGUCAUCGAGGGAGGCUCCGGUGAAGGGGAGUCUGGGUCGGGAGAGUCCGCGAGCGGAUGGGCCAGUGGAGACGUCAACACCUUCCCGUCCAGACUGGACUAAGUCGCGAUAAAGUAAAUUACAACGUAGAUCGUGGAAAUAAAACAUCGCGCUAUGGAAUGUAUAUAAUCAAUUGCUUUUAGAGAGACAAUGCUAACUUUAUUUGCUCAGCGUAGCGACUGAGAAACCACAGUCAUUUUCUUAAUUUUUAAAGACAAUGUACGCGGAAUGCAUUAGUCAUAUCAUUUAUCUCGACGUACCAUAUUUUUCCAUACUAUUUAUGAAUAAUCUCUCGAGGUGCUGAAUUAUUUGAGGUCGUUCACGUCACACGACGAAGUAUGUUUACGCGAACCGACAAUAUGAGAUACCAUCAGCACUGGUUGUAAGGCAGAGAAAAACGGAUGGAAUCAUAGAACCCCUAGGUGCCGGUGUAGCAAACAAAGUGCAGAAUGUCUUUGCAUCUUACAGGAAUUUUAAAAGGAUAUACAUAAAAUAGAUACAGGACCGACCAAAAUACACGGUUACUCGAAGUUCGUUUGUUUAACCAGAAAGACACGGUAUUUUAAUUGGCUUUGUAAUCAGUAAUUUUAAAAAAAUAUGUAAAUUGCAUUCUUCUUCAUUCUUCUGGUCCCAUAACACUUUUUUCACCUCCGAUUGGAAAAAUAGUGAUACAAGGCAAUCCAUAUAUCUUUAAUCAGUUGCCUACAGUCGGGGAAACCUGCUUGCAUGGUAGAUAAGGCAGUCUUAAAUUGAGUAUCGAAAGCGAUUCUGGAUAGCUUUGUUCUAUGAUUGGUCGAGAAAACUCGUGCCAACAUCUCAACCAAUCAAAUGCAACACUAAAACUAGUCCCAACUUGGUCACUCGUGUUUUCCCGCGUUUUAAGCAGGUUGCCUGUUUUUACUUUGAGUUCUCAUUGGUUAACGAUGAUGUCAACCUUUGCUCUGAUUGGUCUUUUGGUUUAUCGACACUCAAUUCAAAACUUCUCUCACAGUAAAACUAUUCAUCCUUUUA